UACAAAAUUUGUUGAACUCUUUUGUUUAUUCUCAGGUCUGCAAACAUGGAUGGCAAGACAACAGAGAGUAAGUCUAAACUGACCAAUCACUUUCAACGAACCAGACUUAUAACAUUAUCGACUGACAAACACUGUUCACUUGACUCUGAAGAUGACUUCGCUCAGGUUGUGGAAACGUCAGUCACCAUCAACAGUUCUGUUCAGAACUACCGUGACCCUCAUCCAGACGAUCGCGCCACACUAACCAGCUCAGUAGUGAGCAGAUUCAGUAAAGUUUCUUAUUAGGCUCGUUAGCAUUUACAAUUUAGCCAUAGAAUUCUCUUUAUUCAUUUUUAUUUUUUAAAUAUACUUCUUCCACUACAUCAUGUGUUAGGAUUAAAAGGAAAAUUAACUUAGGGCAAGAUGAACAAGAGUCGAUAGAAUAAGCGAUGACAUUUUACAGUAGUCGAUGUUUCAGUAAUAAGUACUGGUCAAAAUAAUUGGUCAUAAUAAAAUGUUCAUGCUUGUACUGUAGAUGAUGGGGAGAACGAGAUGUGGGCACCAGUGAUGUUUGAGCAAUACGUAGUGACAGCUGACUACCAAAAGAAAAACAAGAAUGAUAUUUCCCUGACAGCCGGUGAUAUUAUUGAUGUCAUUGAAAAGAACGACUACGGUGAGAAUAAGAAGAAAAUAGUUCAUUGUUUGUGUGAUUUAAAGGACCAGUGCCUUUCACAGAACCCCUCGAGUUCAGCGUGCUAUCAUAAGGAUUAGUCUGUUGCCUAGCAACUACAAUGAGGCAAUAUGCAGACCAGGCACUAUAAUACACUAAUUAACCUGAGCAGAAACGAUUAUUCCUUUCAACGUUUUGUUUUCAUUUCUCUUGUGUCUUCUCUUUGUAAGGCUGGUGGCUUGUUGACCGAGAAGGAGAGUUAGGUUGGGCUCCUGCAAAUCAUCUUAAGCCCACAGUCAACGGAUCAGAGAUGACUGCGUCAGAAGUAUUUGUACCAGGAAAAGGUGAGCUUAACUGUGUUAACAAUGAAGAACAGAGAGGUGUUCACCUGAGUGUCGAAAAGUAAUAGGUUUUGCCACAGGUUCCCCAAGCUCAAAAUACGUGGUGUAUGCGACUGCAAAAAUUGUGUAGAUAGAGAAUUGUACGGGAAAAUCAUCGAUCGCAAAACAAAGUUGUGUAAAUAAUUAUCUCAAAUAAAGAAUAGAAGAGUAACGGUUUCAAAUAACUUCACAAAACGGCGUCAGAAUGGCUUUAAAAUCGGCACAAGUGACAAGUUUGCGACACAUUUGAGGUAGGAAAACUUUAUUUCAAAUGAGAUGGUUAUUUACACGACUUUUUUACGAUCGAUUAUUUUCCCAUACAAUUUUCUAUAUACACAAGCUGUCGCAUACACCACGUAUUUUGAGCUUGAGGUUUUACACUUACUACACUGCACGCGCCACUUUUCAUCCAAUCAAAAGUAAGACCAAAGCCAAUAGUGACUUUUUCGCACAUGUUUCCCCGCUUUGCAUCAUCAUCGUGCUAUUACUCCGAACUUUGAUUGGCUCACUGCAUUGCCUGCGCCCAGUUUGUGAUUGUCUGGAAGGAUAACUUUGAUUUUGGUUUUGGGACAUUCAUUUGAAAACUGUUCUAGACAUUUGGAAUGACAAUAGAUUCUUUUACUGACUAUCCAUGGAAAAGUAUGACAAACAAGGUUUGUAACGCCCACCUGUGUUUUCGUCCUGAGAAAUGACUUUCAACUUGUUCAGCAAUAUUGCUCUAUUUGUUGCAAACGCUAUUGGCUUUAUUAUUGAUGGGUUGAGCUUCUUUACGGUGUUAAACAUGCCAUUUAAAAAAAAUUAGAAAGACAUUUUCUAUCAAUAGUAUUAAUGAAACAUUCGUUUUCAAAAUUUCGCUUUUCUCCAUUGUACUUGAAUAUAAAUAUAUUUAGCAUUAUCAAGAGGUAAUGAUCAGAUCCUUUUGGUUUUAUCUAAUGACCAUUACUUUGGCUCACACACACUUGUCAGGGUGUUUUGAGAGUCUAUAUCAAAUGAAGAUGAUUGAAGCCGUUUUCCUUCUGAACACUGAUGAUUGUUUCUUGUUAGUAGAUUCUCAUGAACAUGAUGAUACCCAAGGAAUCCCGCGCACACCUGCCACAACGCAAAGCAUGGUGAGAAUUCUCAAUGCCGAGUUUCGUUGUCUUUUGCCUUUUCAGUUAGGUCAACUGAGUGUUGAAUGUGGUUUUCACUUGAACUGUCUGUGAAUUAAAUUCUACUUUCUGAUUGUUGAUACAUUGAAGGUUCAAAGAACAGUUUGCAAAAUACCAAAGCUGAACCCUAUGGAACUUGAAGGUACACCAGGCGGAGAAGAAGGCGGCCGCAAGACAACUAGCCAAUCAGUUUCAGAAGCAGCAAUCGCAAAUAGGAAAGUUCUACCACACUCCACUCACGUGUCCUUAUCAAGAUCCUCGCCGCAGACUCUAUCUUGCGAGUUUAGUCAACGUGAAUUAGACAACCCAUUCCAGUCCCGUCGAUUGUCCAUGUUAAGUGGUGGAUAUGACAACUCGCUAAACACAAGCCUUUCGUCCCAUGUGUCAUCUGAUGUUUUCACAGAGGAACAUUGUACUAAUGGAAUGAAGAAGUAUGCAUCGCUUCCACUGCUGGACAGCAUUGAAGGCGGCUUGGGAAUGUCGCGUCCUACUCUAGCGAUGCCCCUUUCAAACCCUGCCACUUCACUGGAACGCCACAAGAGUGAAAUGGAACUGACCUUGAAUGGUGUCCACUCGAAAAGCAAACACUCAAGUUCAGGAAGAAGCAAUCCUAUCCCAUCACAAACAAAGAUUUCCUCAAACAGGACGAGCCCGCAAGUCUGUUCUUGCCAAAAACGCCGCGAUUCUGGUUUUGAAUCACUGUUUAAGACGUCACCCAGAGUGUCCCGUUCGGAGAUUGAGAAUGAUUUCCACUAUAAGAAUCAAGAGAAAAGCAUUGCAAAUCCAAGAUUCUACAGAGCGAUGUAUUCGUACAAUUCUCAGGACGACGGUGAAGUUGCCUUCAGGAAGGGAGAUGAAGUAGAGGUGAUUCAACGAAGCGAGAAUGGCUGGUGGCUUGUACGAACAUCAGAGGAACUUUGA